AUGACGCUCAGCGGCUUCGUGGUGGCCCUGAUGCUGGGGACGCUCCCUGGGGUGAACGCUGUGGAGAGGAGCCCAAAGCCCCGGCUGCUGGCUGCUUUUCCGCGGGCCCCUGGCCACGUCCCGCCCGUGGCGCUCGGAGCGCCCCGACGGCCGCCUGGCCAGCCCUUCCAGCGCCGCCAGUCCCCUGCCUCCGCGCCCCUGCCGCUGCUUUCGGCUCCGGCUCCCGGUCAGCAGCGAUACAAGAGCCGGGACUUCGGUGCAGGGGGCGGACAGUGUUGCUUCCCAGGAAACCCUAGAGACCGCUGUGACUGCAGGCACGGGUCAGUGCGCCUCCAAGGUGGAGAAAAUGACUUUGAAGGCACCGUGGAAGUGUAUUUCGGAAGAGUUUGGGGCAUUAUCUGUAGCAGUGCCUGGGAUGACAGUGCCGCUGCUGUCAUCUGUCGCCAGCUGCAGCUUGGGGCCAAAGGAACAGCCAAGCAGACCCCCAUGUCUGAACUGGGCCUUAUUCCCAUUCACUGGAGCCACGUCCGCUGCCGAGGAGACGAAGACAACAUAGUGCUUUGUGAAAGAGACGCCGGGCCCCAUGGGACGUGUCCCCAGAAGAUGGCAGCUGCGGUCUCCUGUAGCUUUUACCAGGGUACGAGGAUAAUAGCCAAGGAUUUUCUCAUUUCAAUUUUACUGUGCUGUCAGCAAAAAGAGCAGCGGACGCGCAACCAGGAGGGACCAGCUCCUGCAUGGACCCCGGUGCGACUCGUUGGUGGGCGCAGCAUCCACGAGGGCCGUGUGGAGCUUUACCACGCAGGGCAGUGGGGCACGGUGUGUGACGACCAGUGGGAUGACGCAGACGCCGAAGUGGUCUGUCGCCAGCUUGGCCUGAGUGGGGUCGCCAAAGCGUGGUCCCGGGCCUAUUUUGGGCAAGGAUCUGGUUCCGUGAUAUUGGAUGAAGUUCGAUGCACAGGAAAUGAGCUUUCCCUGGAGCAGUGUCCCAAGAGUUCCUGGAGAGAACACAACUGCGACCACCGGGAGGAUGCUGGGGUCUCAUGCACCCCUCUGACAGAUGGGACCCUGAGACUAGCAGGCGGGAAGGGCAGUCACGAGGGACGGUUGGAAGUGUAUUACCGUGGCCGAUGGGGCACCAUCUGUGAUGACGGAUGGACAGAGAGGAACACCCAGGUGGCUUGUCGGCAGCUGGGAUUUAAGUAUGGCAAACAGGCCUCCGGUCGCCAUUUUGGAGAAAGCAUAGGGCCCAUCUGGUUGGAUGAAGUCAGCUGUUCAGGAAAGGAGACCGCUUUCCUUCAGUGCUCCAGAGGAAAGUGGGGAGAACACGACUGCAGUCACCAAGAAGACAUUCACAUCACUUGCCAUCCGGACAACGAUUUGCACAGAUUCUCUCUGAGUUUCCCUAUCCGGCUGAUGGAUGGAGAGAACAAGAAAGAAGGACGGGUGGAGAUCUUUGUCAAUGGGCAGUGGGGAACGAUCUGUGACGAUGGAUGGACCGAUAAAGAUGCGGCUGUGGUGUGUCGGCAGCUUGGCUAUAAGGGCCCUGCCAGAGCAAGAACCAUGGCUUACUUUGGGGAAGGAAAAGGGCCGAUCCAUGCGGACAACGUGAAGUGCACCGGAGGGGAGAGGAGCCUUGCGGAUUGCAUCAAACAAGACAUUGGCAAGCACAACUGUCGCCAUAGUGAGGAUGCGGGCGUCAUCUGUGACUAUUUUGUCAAAAAAGCAUCAGGGAACAGUCAUAAAGAUUCUCUUUCAUCUGUUUGUGGUCUGAGGUUACUCCACCGAAGACAGAAGAGGAUCAUUGGUGGGAAAAACUCUUUAAGGGGUGGCUGGCCCUGGCAGGUUGCCCUCCGGCUGAAGCUCUCCCAUGGAGACCGCAGACUCCUUUGUGGGGCCACGCUCAUUAGCAGCUGCUGGGUGCUUACUGCUGCUCAUUGUUUCAAGAGGUAUGGCAACAACACUCGGAACUAUGUUGUUCGAGUUGGGGAUUAUCACACGCUGGUACCUGAGGAGUUUGAGGAAGAAAUUGGGAUCCAGGAGAUUGUGAUUCACCGGCAGUACCGGCCCGACAGCAGUGACUAUGACAUCGCCUUAGUGAGGCUGCAGGGACCCGAGGAGCAGUGUGCCACAUUCAGCAGUCACGUCCUGCCCGCCUGCCUGCCUCUUCCACGAGAGAGGCCACAGAAAACUGCGCCCAACUGUUACAUUACUGGAUGGGGAGAUACAGGACAAGCCUAUUCGAGGACCCUCCAGCAAGCAGCCAUCCCCUUACUUCCCAAGAGAUUUUGUGAAGAGCGUUACCAGAGUCGCUUCACAGGGAGGAUGUUGUGUGCCGGAAGUCUGCAGGAACAGAACCAUGUGGACAGCUGCCAGGGAGACAGUGGCGGCCCCCUGAUGUGCCAACGACCUGGAGAAAGCUGGGCUGUGUUUGGAGUCACUUCCUGGGGUUACGGCUGUGGCGUUAAAGAUUCUCCAGGUGUUUAUACCAAAGUCUCUGCCUUUGUACCCUGGAUAAAAAGUGUCACCAAUCUGUGAAGAGUGCAGCAUGGGAGCUUCAAGAGAAAAGGACCCUGGGAUUCAGUGGAGCUUGAAAUGAACUGCUAGUCCACAGCUGAAAGAAAGUUGUGGCCAGCCCACACACACUUUACUUCUUGGUAUCAUGAUUUUGAUUUAUAAAUACUGAAUGUAGGCUGUAUAUCCGUUACUUUUGUUUCAGGAUUCCUGUGCACAAAGAAAUGACUUGGCAUCAAGCUGAGGCUUGAUGGGGUUGGGGUUGGAAUGCCUCCAUUUCAGCACUGACUGCAGAAAAUAGGAUCUGAUUUGUCUCAACUUGGUAGACCGAAUUCCCUCUUGCUGUUUGCCGCCUUGGUUGGGCCUUCUUUAUGAUCUCCUCUUAUUCCACAGCA